AUGGUGCUGGCCAAUGAAGCGCAAGAGGACGAGGAUGAAGAGACCGAAUUCAGUGAGGCCCUAGCCAAUUCUGAGGAUGCAACAGGCAGUGAUGAUAUCGGUUCGGCACAAACACCAUCUUCGGUGUAUGUCAUGGAACAUGGCGUCCUCGGUGACGAGUGGAUGCCGCGUGGAACUAUAAUGCUCUCAGGGCAUGGGGCUGGCUACGAAGCUCGACUCUCUGAUGCCAAGGAGUUCGUGCAGAUGAAGCCACAGCUGCAGCAGAUGAUUACCAAGGCUGCGGGCGAGGAGAAGUACUAUGCCAUCCGCAUGUACAAUCCAGCAAGUCCCAAGAGAACCUUACAGGCAGCAAUCCCAAUGAAGCUCCUGGCCGACCACUUUGAGGACUGGCACGACAUUCUGGAGGUGUCUGUGAGUGAUGCCGGAAUUCCAGUGGCCUUGUCCUACCGGGUGAAACACACCUUGGGGCUGAUGCUUUUCGACCAUACCCAAGUGCAUCUAUCAGAACCUUCACGCAUUGAGGGCCCUCGAGUUCAAGCUGCAGUGAGGGAAGCCGAUGGAAGCAUUAAGCCAGCAGAACAGCCACAACAACAAUCCUUUUUGCGAAGGUAUUGGUGGGUCAUCGCCAUCGCUGCCUUUUCAAAGUUGACCUUCAUAGAGUUUGAAGGUGCUCGAGCAGACUCGUUGAGCCUCGCGCCGUUGCUGUCAAGCGCCAGAAGCCUUAAGAUUCUAGACCUCAGCCAUUCUGAAUUCGGAGAUGUAGAAGCCCAGCUUUGGGCAGCCGCAAGAGUAGGACCACUGCCCUUGCAGUGUUUGGGGUUCCGGCAUUGCCGCCUCCGCACACCUGCGGGAGCUGCAGCUGUAGCGAGGAUCUUGAACAACUUGGGUCAGGUCAAGCACCUUCGCAUUCAGGCAAACCGUUGGCGGGUUGAAUCGCAUCGCGCCUUCGCAGAGCACCUGUCACCUUGUGCUGCUCAGGGCUUGCACUCGCUGGAAGCAGGCUAUUGCACCUCCGUGAUCCAGGUACCCUUGACAGUCAUGGCUGCAGAUGCUCCUGAUAUCUUUCGUGCAGCUGAAGCGGAAUUUACGCCUCCAUCUCCAAAUCCUCCGAUUCGCCGCCUUCGAAUCUCCGCGGGCCCUGUGAACCGGGAGCAAAGAGGCCAAGGUGAAACUGGGCCUUCGGAAGCCUCGGCAUCUUCCACGCCUGCACCUGCACCUGAUCGUUCAGGCACAGCCAGCGGAACGCCCUUUCUCCUGUGUUCUGAUCGGCUCAACUUCUUGUCUCACUUUGGAGCUGGGCUGUGGCUAGCCGCUGCACUGACACGCCUUGGAGGCCUUCGAGAAAUCAGGCUAGAAAAUCUACCUCUUGGGUUAGUGGCGCUACAAGUCCUUCGGCGGCGCCUACGGACUCCAUUGGAGCAUCUCAAAAAGUUGACUCUGGGCAAAGGGUGCACUGGCUUGAAAGAGCAACAGGCAGGGCAGGAGCUGGCCUUCGCCUUGGCAAAGACAUCUCCGGCGGGGGAUCCCAGGUGCACGAUGCAACGUCAACCAAGGUCAGAUGCCACACCUGCAAUGCUCCUAGGCAUUCUUGAAAAGUCCGACCCUCAGUUUUGGUACUAUGAGGUCGCGGAUGUCUAUACUUACAGGGAAUUCGCAGACAUAGAGACCUCCUGGCUUCAGGCAACUGGAGGCAAGAUCUGCGUAUGCAGCAGCCUCCUGAACCAGCAUGACAUUGAUGACCUGAAUGUGGAACGCAUAUUUAUGCCAAAGUUACCGCCAAAGAUGAAGAAGCACCUUUUCCUAAAGACUCCAAAGUUGAGGGCACACAUAGCCAAGCAAGCACAACAGCUACUGGAUGUAGCAAGGCUCAACGGCCCAGAAGCCGUGCAAGAGAUGAAAAGUGCACUUGAAGGAGGACUAGAACAGCUGAACCACGAAGCAGACUUGCACCCACUCGAAUUCAAGAAGUCGCUGAAAGAGCUCGAAACGAUUGAAGCAAUCACGAAGGCUGACUCGGUGCCAAUACUGGGAUUGACCUUCUUGUCACCAAGCGAUGCCCACCGCAGCAAGCCUGAACUUCGGGCAUUUCUGUAG